GGCUCCGGCUCAGCCGCUGGCACCCCCACCGCCACCACCCUAGUCUCCUAGUCGCCUGCCACCAGCCCCUGAGAGACUGCAGGUCCAGUGAAAAGGAGCAGGAACGGCAGCAGCCCGGCCGCCGACCCGGAAGCUCUUCCACCGCCAACCGCGAGGCUGCAAAGGGUGUGAACCCGGAAGCGAUUUCAUAGCCACGGUAACGGCGGGGUGGAAAGCUAAGGCCUUUGAAGACCUGGGACCCCAUAGUUUCGGGAGAGGGUGAGGGGUGAAUGGUGCUGAGGUGCGAGGAGAGGGAAGGACAGUAAAGAGCAGGAAGCUGGGCCGGGCUGCUGUGCCUGGGAAGAGGGAAGGAGGAAUGAGAAAGCGGUGACGGUCCCUGCCCCCCCUCGCCAGGUGACUGUCCCACCCAUUUAGUUGAAUGUAGCGGCCAGAGAGGCACUCGCGGCAGCCCGUACGGGUGGGACCUCUCGGUGUCCUUCGGGAAACAGGAGGAACAAGUUCGACUCCAGCGAGGGAAAACAGAGCCUCACCAGAAGUCUUUCAUCUCGCUGGUCCAACUCAGGAUCUCAGCCUCAUUAUUUUCUCACCCUUCUGGAGUGCUUAUGUGCCUUUACAGUUCUGUUUGCAAACGCUGUCUAGCAUACUAAGAGGAUGUUAGCAAACCUGUUCCAUGGACACUAAAUGGCAGCUGUACAUCUCCCCUCAUCAGUCAUAGUGACAACCAGAAAUGCCCUCCAUAUUUUCCAGUGAUCCCAGUCUUCAAUGCGUCUGUCUCAUAAUUUGUAAACGUUUAUUAUCUUGAAGUCAUUGUUAAUCUGUGGUGAAAAAUAAUUGCUAAAUAGAAAUUCUGAGAAGAAAAAGGCCUCAUCCUUUUCACAUGAUGUAGGAAGGUCUGUUGCAUGAGCAAUGGGAAAUCCAGAAAACAUAGAAGAUGCAUAUGUUGCUGUGAUUCGUCCAAAGAAUACUGCCAGUCUCAAUUCUCGGGAAUACAGAGCUAAGUCAUAUGAAAUUUUGUUGCAUGAAGUUCCCAUUGAAGGACAGAAAAAAAAGAGAAAGAAAGUUUUAUUGGAAAUGAAACUUCAAGGCAACAGUGAAAUAACGCAAGGCAUAUUGGAUUACGUAGUAGAAACCACCAAACCAAUUUCUCCUGCAAACCAGGGUAUCAGAGGAAAACGAGUUGUACUAAUGAAAAAAUUUCCUCUGGAUGGAGAGAAGAUGGGCAGAGAAGCGUCAUUAUUUAUUGUUCCAUCAGUUGUCAAAGAUAAUACUAAAUACACAUAUACCCCAGGAUGCCCAAUUUUUUACUGCUUACAAGAUAUUAUGCGAGUCUGUAGUGAAUCCAGUACUCAUUUUGCUACACUUACAGCAAGGAUGUUAAUAGCCUUGGAUAAGUGGUUAGAUGAACGUCAUGCACAAUCUCACUUUAUUCCAGCUUUAUUCCGACCUUCUCCUCUUGAGCGGAUAAAAACUAAUGUCAUAAAUCCUGCAUAUGCUACUGAAUCAGGUCAGACAGAAAACUCACUACAUAUGGGCUAUAGUGCACUAGAAAUAAAGAGUAAAAUGUUAGCCCUAGAGAAAGCAGAUACCUGUAUUUACAACCCUUUGUUUGGAUCAGAUCUUCAGUAUACAAAUCGGGUAGAUAAAGUGGUAAUAAAUCCAUACUUUGGUCUAGGAGCUCCAGACUACUCAAAAAUCCAAAUACCUAAACAGGAAAAAUGGCAGAGAAGCAUGAGCAGUGUCACAGAAGACAAGGAACGACAGUGGGUAGAUGAUUUUCCUCUCCACCGAAGCGCCUGUGAAGGAGAUUCAGAAUUACUAAGCCGUCUUCUCAGUGAAAGAUUUUCAGUCAACCAAUUAGAUAGUGACCACUGGGCACCCAUUCAUUAUGCAUGCUGGUAUGGAAAAGUUGAGGCCACUCGCAUAUUGUUAGAGAAAGGAAAGUGCAAUCCAAACCUUUUAAAUGGACAACUUAGUUCUCCUCUUCAUUUUGCUGCUGGAGGAGGACAUGCUGAAAUAGUACAGAUUCUCCUAAACCACCCAGAAAUUGAUAGACAUAUAACAGACCAACAAGGAAGAUCUCCAUUAAAUAUUUGUGAAGAAAACAAACAAAACAACUGGGAAGAAUCUGCAAAAUUGUUGAAGGAAGCAAUUAACAAACCAUAUGAAAAGGUUCGAAUAUACAGAAUGGAUGGGUCAUAUCGUUCUGUUGAAUUGAAGCAUGGAAAUAAUACCACAGUGCAGCAGAUAAUGGAAGGAAUGCGUCUCUCUCAAGAAACUCAGCAAUAUUUCACUAUAUGGAUUUGUUCAGAAAACCUCAGCCUUCAACUCAAACCAUAUCAUAAACCCUUGCAACAUGUUCGUGACUGGCCAGAAAUACUUGCUGAAUUGACUAAUCUGGAUCCUCAAAGGGAAACACCUCAGCUUUUUCUAAGAAGAGAUGUGAGACUUCCUUUGGAAGUUGAAAAACAGAUUGAAGACCCACUAGCUAUUCUAAUUCUCUUUGAUGAAGCCAGAUAUAAUUUAUUGAAGGGCUUUUAUACAGCUCCUGAUGCUAAGCUGAUAACAUUGGCAAGUCUGCUUUUGCAAAUAGUCUGUGGAAAUUAUGAGAGUAAAAAACACAAGCAAGGUUUCCUAAAUGAAGAAAAUCUAAAAUCCAUCGUACCUGUUACCAAACUGAAAAGUAAGGCACCUCACUGGACAAAUCGUAUACUUCAUGAAUACAAGAAUCUCAGUACAAGUGAAGGUGUCAGUAAAGAAAUGCAUCACCUUCAGCGCAUGUUCUUACAGAAUUGCUGGGAAAUUCCUACUUAUGGAGCAGCAUUUUUCACAGGACAGAUAUUUACAAAGGCAAGCCCCAGCAAUCAUAAAGUCAUCCCUGUGUAUGUAGGAGUGAAUAUAAAAGGACUUCAUCUCCUCAACAUGGAAACUAAGGCAUUACUCAUCAGUCUUAAGUAUGGUUGUUUUAUGUGGCAAUUGGGAGAUACUGAUACUUGUUUUCAGAUCCAUAGCAUGGAAAAUAAAAUGAGCUUUAUAGUACAUACAAAACAGGCUGGUCUCGUGGUAAAACUGUUAAUGAAGCUAAAUGGACAGUUAAUGCCCACUGAAAGAAAUUCAUGAAAGAGAAGUAACUGUUACUCAAGCCACCACAUUUUGUAAUGCAGAGUUUUUUUUCCAUGAAAGAUUUCUUAAAAUAUUACUUUUGGCUGAGCAUGGUGGCUCACCCCUGUAAUUCCAGCACUUUGGGAGGCUGGGGCAGGCGGAUCACCUGAAGUCAGAAUUCAAGACCAGCCUGGCCAACAUGGUGAAACCCUGUCUCUACAAAAAUACAAAAAUUAGCUGGGUGUGGUGGCGGGUGCCUAUAAUCCUAGCUACUAGGGAGGCCAAGGUGGGAGAUCGCUUAAACCCAGGAGGUGGAGGUUGUAGUGAGCCAAGAUUGCACCACGGCACGCUAGCCUGGGUGACACAGCAAGACUCCAUCUCAAAAAAAAAAAAAAAAAAAAUUACUUUCAACAAGGCAUAUAAUCUCUUGUAAUAUAUAUGUAUACUAUUACAUUGUACAGAAUCUGUACUUAUGUUUGGUGUGUAAUAUACCAAUUAGUUUUAUAUAAUAUCCUGAUAAGCUAUUCUAAUUUUUGAGAGAAACACAAAAAGUUAUAGAUUGAUAGUCUGUAUAAUAUUAGACAAAAUAGUAAGCUUUAUAAAAAGUUAUUUUUGGUAAAUGGUAAAGAAUUUGGGGUGGAAUGUGAUAAGAUUAAAAUGUAGCUUUGGUAUAACUUCAUGUGUAUUUCAAAAUAUACUGAACGUCAACAUGAUUUGAAUAAAGAAAAUGUAUUUUCUACUUGAA